ACAAACACACGGGGCAAACAUCACACACACACACACACACACACAGUUUCUCCCUCACUCUCCUCUAACUUGUGUGGGUAUGUUUCUAUCACUGAUAUAGAGCUGAGAGAGAACACACACACACACACGCACACUUGGAAACAAACAACCACAAUUGAACCUACUGUUCUCUCGCAGUCAAACAGUUAAGUAUAGACUGUGUAAACAUCGGGCGGCAAGAGGAGAACAGGAGAGGGGGAACAUGAGCCGAACUCUACCGCACAUGAGAGCUUCCCGCGCCAGGACGACGGGAGACGGCCAACAGCUUGAGCUGUCCUCUAUGGCAAGUCCUCCAGCCACUCCUCACGGUGCUCUGCGUCGCUUCCUCCUCCUCAAGUACAUCCAGACCCUGUUGCUCCCUCUGGGGAACGAGCUGCUGCUGGCCGUGGGAGCCUUGGCCAGCCUCCACACCCUGCUCCUGCUCUCCUCCCCGCGCCUCUCCCGCAAGGCCACCACGGUGCUGCUGGGCCAGCUGGCGUGGGCCGACGGCCUGCUGCUGCUGCGCUGGAGCCUGGGCCUUGAGUACAGCCUCGGCCCAGGCAAGGUGGGCCUCUCCCUGGGCGGCGGUGUGGAGACCGUGGCCUGGAUGAAGGAGGGCCUGCUGGACGCCCACCACCUGGCCAGCAUGCUGCUGCUGAGCUGCGUGAGCCUGGAGGCGCUGCUGGUCAGCCGCUGGGCCUCAGAGUCGCGACACCUACGCACGGUGCGGAGCGCUCGCCACGGCAGCGCUAUCAUCUGGACUGGAGUGGCAUUGCAGCUGGGGGUUCAGCUGGUGGGACACUGGGUGCAGCACUUAGGGGCUGAGGUGAUGGUGGAUGGCGGUGGGUCAAACGUAGCAGAUGUGGGGGAGUGGAGGUUAGAGGGGAGGGUUUUCAUGCAGAUUUGUGUCACUCUACUGUCACCCUCAUUGAUGUGUGCCGUGAAGCAAGGCCUACUCGCGCUGCUGUGGAUGAUGAACACUUGGGUACUCUUCACAGUGUUCUACCGUAGACCGCAGAAGAAGGGGAAGAGCUGCUACCACUAGAACUCUUCUGCUUUUUCUUCUUCUUCUUCUGCACGACCAAAAUAGUCAGGCUCCGGACAGGGGGGUGUUGUGUUUAUUGUAUUUUUUAUUUAUUUGUUUUAUGUUGUCUUGGUUGUUUAUUUAUUGACCCUGAACCCUGAGGAGUUGGUUGAUGUUUGCAUGCAGUUUCACUUUUUCCCAUUCCUCAAAGUGCCCCGCGACAUUGAGCAAAAGCUGAUGUCAUCCCUGUGGCAUUUUCUUUCUUAAGAGGAAGUGUGUGUGUGUGUUUGUG